AUGCGGCUCUCGAAGCGCAUGAGAAUGAAAGAAUGAGAAACAGAGAACGCGUCGCUUUACCUUCCUUCGACUUCUCUUCAAGAGCCCGCGCCGCAAGCGACCGAACUCAGUCUCGCACCGAACGCGAUCGCCAACACAACAUCCCUCCUCCUCUUCACUCCGAGUCUCUCACCACGAAGACGAAGAAUUGUUAACGUAACAUGUUCAACGCGCGUUGUUGAAAGUGCGCUAUGUUCGAUUACAAUAAUCUACCACCGGCUGACAGCUGUCAUAUGUCCAAAGCGACGAAAGUGACUAUCUGGGACAGUGCGCAUGCUAUCACUACCAACAUUAGUAAUACUAACAAUCAUAAUGGCAAAAAGACGGAAACGCGUUUCUAUUGUUUAACGCUGUGUAUCGUGUCCGCAUUCGCGAUUGGCUUGUGUUUCGGUGUGCUGGGACCUUUUUACUAUGCAUCAUCCACAAAGGAAACAACAAUCACGCCGGCGAAUCUGAACACCGCGAGGGAAAUCGAAGGGAUUUUUGUUAAUCACAGUUUUAGUACACAAAACUUAUCAUCGGUUAGUUUUAUUAACAAUUCAUCACAACGUGAUUUAGUCUACGAAGAUAUCUACUGGUCAGACUAUGUAGAAUCCCUGUUACCACCUGGGUUUACUCGGAGGCAAGCUGACGAGUGGAAUAGAUAUGUCCGCAAGGGUGCCGUUGCGAUCAAAUUGGAGAAAGGUUGCGGAAGGAUGCAGAAUCGUCUUGUGACGUUCGCCGACGGACGACGUGCGUGCGUUCGCUAUCGACAAAACACCGAUCAGAUUCAGGGAGAGCUCUUUAGUUUCUACCUGUCACAGAUUCUGAAUCUGAAGAAUCUGGUGCCUUCAGCUGUAGGGGUUGUGGAUGUCCAACUACCGAUCUGGACCCGUUUGAGUAAUGAGAUUGCUUCCGCUCAAUGGAGUAGUCAAAGACCCGUGGUGCUCACUCAAUUCAUCCCUGAUUUAGACGUGGGGAGUAUCCCGAAAUUGGUCAGACCUGCAGAGUCGGACCAUUUGAAUAAAUUGGACAUCCGCGAGCAAAACUUGCAGAAAUCUGAGAUUAUAGAGUUAGCGCAGUGGUCUGAUUUGAUUAUUUUUGAUUACCUGACUGCGAAUUUAGACAGGGUCGUGAAUAAUCUCUAUAAUCAUCAGUGGAAUAGUAAUAUCAUGGAGGCACCCGCACAUAACCUCGCCAAGAACUCCCAGACGAAUCUAUUGGUGUUUCUGGACAACGAAUCCGGAUUACUGCAUGGUUAUAGACUCCUAGAGAAAUACGAAGCUUAUCACGGGUUGUUACUGGAUAAUCUCUGCAUAUUUCGACGGAGUACCGCCCAGGCAAUUGCAACCCUUCGUAGGGAAGGUAAUGUCGGGCAGUUACUACGCGCCAUGUUUGAAAGGCGUAACCCCGAGCGGAUCAAGGAUGUCCUCCCGACGAUCCCCGAGAAAUCCGUGAAGAUACUCAACGCGCGGAUACGCAGGGUGCACGAGCAGAUAUUGAAGUGUCAAGGGCUGUUCAAGAGCUCCGACGCGGAGUAGCGAUGAUGAAUUUAAUCGAUUGCUGCGAUCGGCAACGUGUUUCUCUCAUGUGCCAAAAAUCCUCCGUCUCUGUUCGUUUUUUUUUAUUCUUCGCUUACCAGAGCGCAGAGAAAAGAAACGAAGACACAAAGGAAUAACUCAUAAUAAAUGGGAUGCGCGCGGCGCGCUCGGAUCAAGAUCAUGAACAUCAUGCGCAUCAUGCGCAUUGAACAUGGCCGCAGCGGAGCCGAAAAAGAUCAAGAUCGGUAAAGAUCCAAUCCGCGAUGCGUAUUCAAAUUUAUUUAUGCCCGACGGACACACGAGAUUUUUGACUGUAUUCUAUAUGUAGAACGCGAGACAAUGUGAUAUUAAUGUUUUAUUUUAGUUUUUAUGUUUUUAUUAUUAUCUAUAUGCAAGCGUGGAAAUUGUGAUAAACAUUUGUAAAUAAUAUGUAUUAUCUUAUUUAAAUAAAAUGCAAGUAAUUCGAGAA